AAAUAACACAAGUGUCAAAAAAAUUGUAUAAAAUAAUAAACAAGCAAAAAAUGUGACUCCACUAUCCCUAUUAUCAAUAGCAAAACAAAAUCAAUGUAUGAAAAUCAAUAAUCAGGACAUGCAAGCGUCAAUUGAUAAAAUAAACUAAAGAAUUUGUUGUUUACGAAGAUAAAACUAACGAUGAUCCGGUGACUACGUAAUGUUAAAAUGCCAUAACUUCCCCUAUGGCAUUGUAAUGUAAUAAAACGAAACACUUUUCAGUGUUCCAUGCGUGGGAAGGCAAAAGAUUUUAAUCAGAACUGUUUGGUGUUAAAAUGCAGAAACCAUGAAGGUCUUAGAGAGUAUUUACGUUAAUAAAAAACUACAACAUGAACUGUCUUAUUUCAACGAAGACAAACCACCGUGCCAAGAAAAUUAUGACGUAAUAAUCCGUAAAAAGAAAAGAAAGAAACACAAUAUGAAUAAAACGUGCAAGCGCACUCAACAGCCAUCUAUCGCAUUCCUUAUAUCCAAGCCAUGUAUUUCAAAAAAGAUAAAAGCAGUCGCUACACGUACCAGCAUGCCCGAACUAAAUAAAAAUACAAAUUCUGCUCCGAAUCGUAAUAGGAGCUACAUUGGAAUACAUGAGCAGAAUGCGGCGCCAUUUCACUCAAAAUUUACGAUCAAUAUGGUAUCUGAAUAUGACAAAGCUGUCAACCCCUUCUUCCACAGUCAAACUAAAUGGAAGAUAUACCGUUGUCAAAUAGGUACCACAGAAGAAAGUUGUUGUUGUUCUUGUAACUCUGAUGCUAUGUUUGAAGUCAUGAAAAGCCUAUACGAUUGUUAUAAAAAGAAAAAUUGUGAUCAUUGUGAAUGUAUACUUUGUGGCCACAAACAUCGUGAAGAGAGGCGACUGGGAGAGCUUAGAAAAUCUUUAGGGGUUAUUGAACCCACCGUUAGCGCAAAGACGCUAAAAGAAAAAGUAAAGGCAGCCGAAAAACUACUAGAAGGAAAGAGUACAGCCGAAAAAGAGCAGAUAUUAAAAGAUUUAGUUAAGUCUAAGCAACCUUUGCCAACAGGAAAGACAUCGUCUGAGAAAUCAUUGAUUAAAAAGGUUCGAACUGAGCUAGGAUUACCACCACCACCUGAAACGGCAGCUGCUAAAGCUAAAAUGAGCAAAGCCCAAGCGGCCGGUUUAAUAACACCAUUAGAAGGGAAAACUGCAGCCGAAAAAGAAAAAAUACUUAAAGCUCAAGCCGCUAUGGGCAUUGAGCUCCCCAAAGGGAGAACGGCAUCAGAAAUGGCUCUAAUUAGUAAAGUAAAAACAGCCUCAGGAAUACCUGUAGGUGUAGCACCAGAAAUGGUGCAAACAGCAAAAGCCCCAGGACAAAUAACACCCCUUAAGGGUAAAACGCCAGCACAAAGGGAAAAGGUCUUAAGAGGCCUGGCCAUGCAAGGCAUCCCUCUACCAGAGGGCAAAACACCAUCUGACCGAAAGCUAAAUGACAAGGUACGCGCAGAUCUUGGCCUGCCUCCGGAACCAAAAUCAAAAUCGAUAAGAGAAAAGCAUACACAAGCAGCAAACAUAGGUCUGCUACAGCCAUUGGAAGGUAAAACCGCAGCCGAAAAAGAGAAAAUCCUACAAGGUUUCUAUGACAUGGGUAUUCCGCUGCCUGAAGGACGUACUGCCUCAGAAAAAGCCCUGAUUGCCAAGAUAAAAGCAAAGUCUGGAGCAGCUGAAGCGGUGCCGUCGAAACAAUUAGCAAAAGGUAAAGGUGCGGGAGUUCUAACACCUUUAAAGGGUAAGUCACCUGCGGAAAAAGAAAAGAUAUUACGAGGAUUGGCUAUGUCUGGCAUACCCUUGCCAGAAGGUAGAACUGCUUCAGAAAAAAGACUGAUUGAUAAGGUCCGCGCUGACCUUGGUUUACCACCCGAGCCCCGAACUCCAGAUAUGAGAAAAAAACAUGAACAAGCUGCCGAAGCUGGAAUUUUGCAGCCAUUGGAAGGCAAGUCACUAAAAGAAAAAGAAGUGAAUUUGAGAAAAUUGCAAGAUUUAGGUAUUCCUUUACCCGAGGGUCGAACGGCAUCGGAAAAAGCUUUGAUAGCCAAAAUCCUAGCAGAAUUAUUUACGGACAAGCUAGCACCAUCAGAGAAGAUGCGUAAGGCAAAGGCUGCAGGCCUCAUUACGCCUUUGAAAGGUAAGACACCAGAUCACAAAGAAAGAAUCUUGAGAGGAUUGGCAAUGUACGGAAUCCCCCUACCUGAGGGAAAAACUGCUUCGGAAAAAAAGCUUAUCAACAAAGUAAUAGCCGACCUUGGACUGCCACCAGAGGCUACAACACCAGAGGCGAGAGCAAAGUAUGAAAAAGCAGCAAACGUUGGUAUAUUGUUCCCACUUGAAGGCAAAACGCAAAAGCAAAAGGAAGACAUUUUACAAGGUUUGUAUGACAUGGGUAUACCCUUACCUGAAGGACGUACAGCCUCGGAAAAAGCCUUGAUUGCCAAGAUAAAAGCCAAGUCCCGACCAUCAGAAGCAGUACCAUCAAAGAAAUUAGCAAAAGCAAAAGGUGCGGGAGUACUAACACCUUUAAAAGGUAAGUCACCUGCGGAAAAAGAAAAGAUAUUACGAGGAUUGGCUAUGUCUGGCAUACCCUUGCCAGAAGGCAGAACUGCUUCAGAAAAAAGACUGAUUGAUAAGGUCCGCGCUGACCUUGGUUUACCACCCGAGCCCCGAACUCCAGAUAUGAGAAAAAAACAUGAACAAGCUGCCGAAGCUGGAAUUUUGCAGCCAUUGGAAGGCAAGUCACUAAAAGAAAAAGAAGUGAAUUUGAGAAAAUUGCAAGAUUUAGGUAUUCCUUUACCCGAGGGUCGAACGGCAUCGGAAAAAGCUUUGAUAGCCAAAAUCCUAGCAGAAUUAUUUACGGACAAGCUAGCACCAUCAGAGAAGAUGCGCAAGGCAAAGGCUGCAGGCCUCAUUACGCCUUUGAGAGGAAAGACACCAGAUCACAAAGAAAGAAUCUUGAGAGGAUUGGCAAUGUACGGAAUCCCCCUACCUGAGGGAAAAACUGCUUCGGAAAAAAAGCUUAUCAACAAAGUAAUAGCCGACCUUGGACUGCCACCAGAGGCUACAACACCAGAGGCGAGAGCAAAGUAUGAAAAAGCAGCAAACGUUGGUAUAUUGUUCCCACUUGAAGGCAAAACGCAAAAGCAAAAGGAAGACAUUUUACAAGGUUUGUAUGACAUGGGUAUACCCUUACCUGAAGGACGUACAGCCUCGGAAAAAGCCUUGAUUGCCAAGAUAAAAGCCAAGUCCCGACCAUCAGAAGCAGUACCAUCAAAGAAAUUAGCAAAAGCAAAAGGUGCGGGAGUACUAACACCUUUAAAAGGUAAGUCACCUGCGGAAAAAGAAAAGAUAUUACGAGGAUUGGCUAUGUCUGGCAUACCCUUGCCAGAAGGUAGAACUGCUUCAGAAAAAAGACUGAUUGAUAAGGUCCGCGCUGACCUUGGUUUACCACCCGAGCCCCGAACUCCAGAUAUGAGAAAAAAACAUGAACAAGCUGCCGAAGCUGGAAUUUUACAGCCAUUGGAAGGCAAGUCACUAAAAGAAAAAGAAGUGAAUUUGAGAAAAUUGCAAGAUUUAGGUAUUCCUUUACCCGAGGGUCGAACGGCAUCGGAAAAAGCUUUGAUAGCCAAAAUCCUAGCAGAAUUAUUUACGGACAAGCUAGCACCAUCAGAGAAGAUGCGCAAGGCAAAGGCUGCAGGCCUCAUUACGCCUUUGAGAGGAAAGACACCAGAUCACAAAGAAAGAAUCUUGAGAGGAUUGGCAAUGUACGGAAUCCCCUUACCUGAGGGAAAAACUGCUUCGGAAAAAAAGCUUAUCAACAAAGUAAUAAACGACCUUGGAUUGCCACCAGAGGCUACAACACCAGAGGCGAGAGCAAAGUAUGAAAAAGCAGCAAAUGUUGGUAUAUUGUUCCCACUUGAAGGCAAAACGCAAAAGCAAAAGGAAGACAUUUUACAAGGUUUGUAUGACAUGGGUAUACCCUUACCUGAAGGACGUACAGCCUCGGAAAAAGCCUUGAUUGCCAAGAUAAAAGCCAAGUCCCGACCAUCAGAAGCAGUACCAUCAAAGAAAUUAGCAAAAGCAAAAGGUGCGGGAGUACUAACACCUUUAAAGGGUAAGUCACCAGCGGAAAAAGAAAAGAUAUUACGAGGAUUGGCUAUGUCUGGCAUACCCUUGCCAGAAGGUAGAACUGCUUCAGAAAAAAGACUGAUUGAUAAGGUCCGCGCUGACCUUGGUUUACCACCCGAGCCCCGAACUCCAGAUAUGAGAAAAAAACAUGAACAAGCUGCCGAAGCUGGAAUUUUGCAGCCAUUGGAAGGCAAGUCACUAAAAGAAAAAGAAGUGAAUUUGAGAAAAUUGCAAGAUUUAGGAAUUCCUUUACCCGAGGGUCGAACGGCAUCGGAAAAAGCUUUGAUAGCCAAAAUCCUAGCAGAAUUAUUUACGGACAAGCUAGCACCAUCAGAGAAGAUGCGUAAGGCAAAGGCUGCAGGCCUCAUUACGCCUUUGAGAGGAAAGACACCAGAUCACAAAGAAAGAAUCUUGAGAGGAUUGGCAAUGUACGGAAUCCCCCUACCUGAGGGAAAAACUGCUUCGGAAAAAAAGCUUAUCAACAAAGUAAUAGCCGACCUUGGAUUGCCACCAGAGGCUACAACACCAGAGGCGAGAGCAAAGUAUGAAAAAGCAGCAAAUGCCGGUAAAUUGUUGCCGCUUGAAGGCAAAACGCGAAAGCAAAAAGAGGACAUUUUAUAUGGUUUGCAUGGUAUGGGUAUACCCUUACCUGAAGGACGUACAGCCUCAGAAAAAUCACUUAUUGCUAAAUUCAAAGCAAAAUUACGCGCAGUUGCACCAUCAGAAAAAAAACCGGGCGCAGUGGCUGCUGGGCUAAAAUCGCCUCUUGAAGGCAAAUCUCCGGCAGAGAUAGAAAAAUUACUUCGAGAUCUCGCAAUGCGAGGUGUGCCACUACCAGAAGGCAGAUCAUCAUCACAAAAGAAGUUAAUUGAAAAGAUAAGAAAUGAACUUGGUUUACCUCCUGAACCUACAACUGCAUCCAUGAAAAAUAAGCAUGUCAAAGCCGCCGAGGUUGGGUUACUGCUACCACUAGAAGGAAAAUCACCUAAAGAAAAGGAAAAGAUCCUGAAAGGACUACUUGAUAUGGGGGUUCCUCUACCUGAAGGUAGAACAUCAUCUGAAAAAGCACUCAUAUCCAAAUUAAAAAGUAAAGGCGCGGCAUCUAUAACUACGGACAAGAUAAGAAAGGCUAAAGCCGCCGGUUUGUUGACACCACUUGCAGGUAAAUCAGCCGAACAAAGACAAAAAGUUGUUAAGGGUUUAGCUAAAGCUGGUUUACCUUUGCCAGAAGGCAAGACAUCAUCAGAAAAAUCCGUAAUACGUAAAGUGAAGAAAGAAACUGGUAUACCUGAUACUACCCCAUCGGAAAAAUUACGCAAAGCUAAGGCUGCUGGUCUCUUGACUCCUUUAGAAGGAAAAGCACCAGCCAAGCGAGAAAAAAUACUUCGGGGCAGAGCGGCAGCAGGCUUACCACUGCCAGUAGGCAAAUCGCCCUCAGAAAGAGCUUUAUUACAGAAAAUUAAAGAUGAUACAGGCCACGUGACACCGUCACCAUCUGAGAGGCUAAGAAGAGCUAAAGCUGCUGGUUUAGUGACACCUUUAAAAGGAAAAUCAUCUACAGCUAAAGAAAAGAUACUCAAAGACAUGUUGGCUGCCGGAGUUCCCAUUCCAGAGGGUGAAACUUCAUCUGAAAAGGAAUUAAUAAAGAAACUGACAGCAGAACAUCCCAAAACACCAUCGGUAAAGGUAAAACCGACAAAAGCCGCUGGUGUAUUAUCACCAUUGGAGGGAAAGACUCCUGCCCAAAAAGAAAAAAAUCUAAGAGGAUUAGUCAAAGCUAGAAUUCCGUUGCCAGAGGGUAAGACACCGUCGGAAAAAGAAAUAAUAAACAAAGUUCGUAAAGACAUGGGUUUACCACCGGAGCCAAAAACUCCGUCAUUAAGAGAAAAGAUGCGUAAAGCUCAAGCUGCAGGCUUAUUAACACCACUAGAAGGAAAAAGCGCUGCACAAAAAGAAAAGAUCAUAAAAGGAUUGGUCGAAGCUGGUAUACCUUUACCCAUAGGGAGAACAGCGUCAGAAAUAGCACUGAUAGAGAGAAUACUAGCAGCGCUUAAUGCACCCAAAGUACCAUCGGCGAAAUUAAGAAAAGCAAAAGCAGCUGGCCUAAUGACUCCACUUAAGGGAAAAAGUGCUGCAGAAAGAGAACGAAUUUUACGAGGGUUGGCGGACCUCGGUUUACCACUGCCAGAAGCUAGAACAGCAUCUGACAGGAAAAUUGAGGAUAAAGUUCGCACUGAACUUGGCCUACCACCUGAACCAAAAACUCCAUCUAUGAGAGAGAAACACGAAAAAGCUUCGACUGCAGGUGUGCUUGUUCCAUUAGAAGGAUUAUCAAACGCAGGCAAAGAAAAGGUCUUAAAGGCUCAGUUAGAUUUGGGCUUAGAUUUACCUGAAGGGAGAACUCCAUCAGAAAAAGCUUUGAUUGCCAAAGUGAAAGGCUUAGGAAUCAAAGAAACAGCAUCCGAGAAGUUACGAAAGGCAAAAUCAGCUGGUUUAGUGACGCCCAUCGCAGGAAAAAGUGCAGCACAAAAAGAAAAGAUUAUGCGAGGCUUAGCCGAAAUAGGAUUACCACUUCCCGAAGCCAAAAGUGCGUCAGACAAAGCUUUGGCACACAAAGUCCGGACAGACCUUGGUUUACCACCGGAACCAAAAACUCCAUCGAUGAAAGUGAAACAUGAAAAGGCUUCUGAAGCGGGUGUUCUUGUGCCUCUUGAAGGAUUAUCAAAGGCGGACAAAGAAAAAGUCCUUAAAGCUCAGGCAAGUAUGGGCUUACCUUUACCCGAAGGAAGAACUUCCUCAGAGAAAGAAAUGAUUGCGAAAAUUAGAGCUGAAUCUAAACGAUUUGCUAAGAUCCCAUCGGAAAAGUUGCGAAAAGCAAAAGCUGCUGGUUUAUUAACACCUAUGGAAGGCAAAAGUAAAGCACAGAAAGAAAAACUGUUGAGAGCAUUGGCAAUGCUUGGUAUACCACUUCCAGAAGCCAAAACUGUGUCAGAUAAAAAAUUAACUGACAAAGUCCGCGCCGAGCUUGGAGUUCCACCUGAACCUAAAACUCCGUCAAUGAAAGAGAGACACGAAAAAGCCUCGGCUGACGGAGUUCUCAUACCCUUAGAAGGUUUACCACCUGCAGAGAAAGAAAAGGUUCUUCGAGCUCAGUUUGAUCGUGGUAUGAUUUUACCAGAAGGCCGGACAGCAUCAGAGAAAGCUUUAAUCGCUAAAAUUAAAGGAGAGAAGGAACCAGCAAAAGUACCACCAGAAAAGCUUAAAAAAGCAAAAGCAGCUGGCUUGCUUACGCCAUUGGAAGGAAAAUCAGCGGCAGACAAAGAAAAAAUCAUUAAAGGUCUAGCUGAGGCCGGACUACCUUUACCCGAGGGAAAAACCGCAUCCGAAAAGUCAAUAAUUCAUAAAGUUAGAACCCAACUUGGAAUCCCUCCUCCUGCAAAAACCCCAUCAGAAAAAGCAGUUGUUCAUAAAGCAAAAGCAGAAGGGCUAUUUACACCCAUUUCAGGAAAACCACCCGCUGAAAAAGAAAAAAUUCUCAAAGGCCUCGCUGAAGCAGGCUUACCGAUGCCUGUUGGACAAACAGCAUCCGAAAAAGCAAUGAUAAAAAAGAUAAGAAGUGAAUCUGGAUUACCUGCACAGGCUACAGCAUCAGAAAAAAUGGGAAAAAUAAAAACAAAAUCUAAAAAAAUUGGAGUUGCACAGGGAAUCGCAGGAGAAGAGUAUGAAGAUAUUAAGAAAACAACUAAAUGCGAUCGCGGUUGCGGGUGUGACAAGAAACGAAUUAGGUUUAAACACAGUUACGUGAAAAUUAGGGUGACCUCUCCCGACAUAUCUUCCCUCUGUUCUUGCCCCUAUGAGUGUCUUCCAGGGGUUAAAUCCGGGGCCUUUAUUGACAACGAUGGCAUCAAAGUGACGGUCGGAAGCGCCGUUGGCAUACCUUCCUACUCUGGAGAAGACAGUUAUAUGACCUCACAUAAAAUUCGUAAUGCUACUUUUAGAGGGUGGGCUGAUAAUCGUAAAGCUCACUUUAAUGAUAAAAAAAUUAAGACUUUGUUUGACAAAAACAAUAAAUCACCGAUGAUGAGAUUUGAAAACUUAGAAUCUGAAUGCGAUGUUAGCGAAGAUCGAGACGAUAUUUUCCUAAACACCACAAGUUCUGACGUGAGCGAUGGCAGUGUUUUCCAACUGCAAUACCGUCUCCCGCAUAACGUUACUGAAAGCGAACAAAGUUACUUAUAUUGCGAGGGAUGGGCCGGUGAACCUAACGAAAUAUUUAAAACCCUUAGACGUUUCAAGUCAUCAGGCAUUCUUUACCCAGAGGCUGUUUCGAAUGAUUAUAAGAUAACGGAAGGUUCCUCUCGCAGCAGUUUCGAGUCAGUUAUGAUUAUAGACAGUGAAACAUCUUUAAGUUUGACAACAAACUCUAGUGACAGCAUGGAUACAAUUAGUGUGAUGUCCUUUGCAGACAGUAGUGUCACAUCUAAUUCCUCGCAUUAUUUCGGUUACCAGCUAUUCGAAGACCUUUAUAGUCAUAGCUCCAACGAAGAGGAACGCUCAAUAAGUAGAAUUGACUAUGACACUUACGGAACAGUAACAAGCAAUAGCAACCAUCUGCUACGUGAGUCGGCUCCUUUUACAUCACACUUAAACAAUUUUACAAGAAAGCUGUUAGAAGCAAGGAAACAAAACGAGUAUUUAGUCUUCAGGAUGUCGCAAACACAGUUCACAAACGCACAAAAAAAUCAAUAUAGAAAUAAACGCCGCAAUAAUACAGCAGAACCCAUUGUUGUAAUCAACCAUUUGGAUAAAAAUCGUGAUGUUAAAGCGAUGGUCGACAACCUAUUAGCUAAGAGUGCAUUUUCUGACGCUUCAUCAAUAUUUGUGGUGGUACAAUCUGACGACAAUGAAGCGGGAAACUCAUCUGAUGGCCGAAAUUCUACUAUAUGUAUUCAAAUGAGCGAAAACCCCACUAAAUGGAAGAACAAGAUUGGAGGUAAUCCAGACAAAGCCCGAAGAAAACUGUCAUCAGUAUCGCAUGGUGUAAAGAUAUCUGCAAAAGGAAAAAAAUAUUUAUUGCAAGAGCUACCCACAGCUGUUUUCUCACAAAAUCCCAAAGAACCCCUCUCCAUCUCAAAAAAUCAACCUGUGGAAAAGAACAAUGUCCUAAAAGAAGUACUUGCUGAAGAAAAAGAAGAAAAGACGGAUUUCAUCGAAAAUGUAAUAGAGAACAUUAAAGAAAAGCCAAAAGAUAAAACCACAGAAGCUAGAGAAGAUCUAAAUGAAAAUUCGAAAGACAGGACUAAAGACAAGGAUGAUACAAAUCACAAGCUGUGCCAAGCUACAAUACCGAAUGAAAAAGUGCCAGUCGCAGAACACAGAUGUGAAAUAGUCAGCAUGGACACGACAGCCGAUAGACCUUGUUGCUGUCAAAUAUGGUCGCAAGACAAGUAUUUGGCUGCCAAGGUCAUGUCAGCGCAAAUCAAUCCGCUCCUAGUAAAACAAGCAAUCGAUAUGGAACAACAUGGAUCAUAUAUAUCACUGGACCUGGCACCGUCUCCGGAGACUCACUACCGUGUACCCCAAUCCACCACUCGAGGCCAUGGAGUGAAGAAGACACCUCAAGAAGUAUGCAUGGCGUCAACGGAACAGGCGCCGCAAAAAUGUCAAUGCAGCCCAGAAAAACUAAGAGAAAUGUUAGAACUAGCUAUUAAAGCAGGAAGAAACAGGAAUUUUAGAUCGGUCGGUGUUGAGGUAAAAACGUUAACAAGCACGCAAAGAGACAACAAAGGCGACUGCAAGGCUUGCCUUAAAAAUAAAUCCCCU